AUGGAGGAAGACGUACAUAGUGGCUUCAAUUCUGUAUGCAGUACCUGUCUAAGCAGUGAUAGACUCAUGUAUUCCUUGAACGAAUGCGAUCCUGUAUUCCAAGUGUUCCGUCUACUAAUGCACGACUUCGAAGCCGAUAGAUUUGGAAAAUUAACACCCGAAAUUGAAAAUAUCAUAUGCUGGGAAUGCCUUGCAAUGAUGAAGAAGUUUAGCAGAUUCAAAAUUCAAGUUCAAAGUGCCCAAGAACAUUUGCACUUUCUGGCCAUGAGUAGAACACAAGAGAGUUUAGAUCACACAUACAUGUCUCAAUCGCUUUCUUCUCUCGUGGCUGUCACUAAGAAUGAUUACGACAAUAUCUACAUGUAUCUGACUCAAGACGAAUGGCCUCAGCCAUAUCUAGUCAGCUCUGAAGAUGUUAAGAAUGAGCAUUUUGAUAUAGCUCAAACAGUCCGUGAUAAUAUACAGUUGAAUAUAGACGAUCACAUUCUGGAAGUGCCCGAAAUGGUAUUGGAGAAUCCGGUGACCGGUGUCAUGUCGCGUAUCGUGGUCGGCACUGAUGCCCUUGUGUCACCCGCUGACACCAUAAACAAGAGAGACCAGAUGAGCAUUUCAAUGAUCGAGCAGCCUAAAGCGGUAAAAAAAAUAAAAAUAACACCUUUACAAGCCAACUAUGUGGACUGUAUCAGUGAUACGGAAUUGCUGAGAACAAUUGAAGUCCCACAGUUGGAAGUCACACAGAAGAAACCACAAGUAAACAACUCCAAAUCAUUAGGAUAUAUCACAGAUUAUAUGACGGAAGGUGAUCUUAUGGCUCUGAGGACAGAAUUAAAAAAUAAAGUGCAAUAUGUGAGUGCGUCUUAUAAAUGCGAGUUAUGCAUCAUCGGUUUCUACACUCAGCAACAGGUCGAAGAUCACUUUUUGUCUGACCAUAGAGCGAAACCUGGCCGAUCUGCCUGCCAGAUAUGUUACACUUAUGUGGACGAUCUGAAAUUGUCAGAACACACAGACAUGCAUUACUUGCGUCAUACAUGUAAGAUGUGCGGCCAUCGCGAGUACAGUGUCAAAAUGAUAAGUUUACAUGUCAAUACUCACUUGAAAUUGGAUAAUAGUGUCACUAAUGCCGUUAUAAGAAUAGGAGCUGGAACUGGCAAGCGUAAAAAGAAAACUACGAAUAGUAACAAACCGCCCCCUAA